AUGGUGGACACACAGCACUUCUGCCUGAGGUGGAAUAACUACCAGAGCAGCAUAACAAGCGCCUUCGAGAACCUAAGAGACGACGAGGACUUCGUGGACGUGACCCUCGCAUGCGACGGGAAGAGUUUGAAGGCACACAGAGUCGUGCUGUCAGCGUGCAGCCCAUACUUCAGAGAAUUAUUGAAGUCGACACCAUGUAAGCAUCCAGUGAUCGUCCUCCAAGACGUGGCAUUCACUGACCUCCAUGCUCUUGUGGAGUUCAUAUACCACGGCGAGGUGAACGUCCACCAGAGGAGCCUCUCAUCCUUCCUGAAGACCGCCGAGGUGCUCCGCGUCUCCGGCCUCACGCAGAACGAGGAUGUGCAGCCUCUGCUGCAAACAGUCCGGCCUUCAAACACCGUUCCGUCGCCGCACACACCCCCACACCCAGCCCACACACCCCACGCUGCGCAUACGCCGAGCUACUCCGAGAAGCUCGAAGAAGCACUCUCAAUCCCCACCACCAUCCCGAACAUGAUGGGCAUGCGCCGCAUCCCCCUCCCCCCACGCCGCAUCAGCCGCUCCGCAGACAACUCCCCUGAUGUCAUCAAGCGUCCACGCCACGACAAUAACAACACAGAACAGCCCCAAAUACACGACUUCUCAACUAAAGGCCAUCCUCUCGUCAACAAUACCCGCGCUCAUGAGUCCGGGAACAACGGGAACGGAAUCUCCAACAGCAGCUCGUCACCGUCUCCUCGUCUCAUGGAUGAGGUGAAGAAUGAGCCACUGGACAUGAUAUGUGUGCCGAAUGCCGACAUAGACCGGAGCACAGACGACACGCCGCCCCACACGCAUCUCAGACAACACGGGGGCGGACCGCCGUCACGUGGCAGCUCGGCCGAGGCUGAUGACCGCACGCCACCACCUCAGCUACCCCCUUCACCGUUUGUGCCACCAUCUGACACAAAAUUCCCGCAUUACCCGUUUAACACACUGGCACCAUUGUCAGAUACAUCUUUAUCCGGGCUGGCAAAUCCACUUGUUCCUGACAGCAUGGCAAGCACGUCUCAAGCCGUCCCGCCGCUCAGAAUGCCGCCUCCUACGGCCGGCGGCAUCAAUGAGCCUCAAGAGUGUCCAUACUGCCGACGGACCUUCUCUUGUUACUAUUCCCUGAAGCGACACUUCCAAGAUAAGCAUGAGCAGUCGGACACGUUGUACGUGUGCGAGUUCUGCCACCGCCGCUACCGCACCAAGAACUCGCUCACUACUCACAAGAGUCUGCAGCACCGUGGCUCGAGCGGCAUGCUCAAGCGGCUCCUGAAGACCUCCGCGCUCCACUCGGCCCUGGCUCCGGCGCCGCACCUGUUCGAUCUGCCGCACGAGCCCCAACUGCCCCCCGGCCUGCAAUGA